AUGCAGGUUGCAAAACGCCCCAGACUUGUCCGGCCCGCGUUUGGCCUCCGGUGUCGCUGCGGCCACGUAGCACGAAGCACUGGGCGGGCGCAGGCCCUCCAGUACCGUGAAGAAGAGGAGCCGCACACCAACAUCCCGCUGGUGGGCGUGAAGGCGUCGGCCACCAUCACGGACGUAGCGUGCGAGGUGACCCUCGUUCAGCGCUACAGGAACGACGAAGAGGUGCCGCUCGAGGUCGGCUACACGUUCCCGCUGGACUCGCGCGCGGCCGUGUGUCGGUUCGAAGUCGAGCUCGAUGGCAAGCGGGUGGUAGGCAGCGUGCUGCCCCACGCCCAGGCGCGCGACGCCUACGGCGAUGCCAUCGCCGAAGGCAGUGGCGCCUACCUCCUUGAACAAAAGAAAGAAGAGAUAUUCCAGAUGAACGUGGGCAACCUGCCGCCGGGCAAGGAAUGCACUAUUUACAUCACGUACGUGGCCGAGCUACCGCUCGAGGGCGAGAUGGUGCGGUUCACGCUGCCCACCACCAUCGCCCCGCGCUACCAGGGCCAAGGCACCACGGCCAGCGAGCGCGAGGCACUCAAGGAAGUCACCACCAUGUCGUCGACCUCUUCUUCUUCGUCAUCGUCCAAGCCCUACGGCCUCGAGUUGGACAUCGCCAUCGAGAUGCCGUCGCCCGUUCUCAGCGUUGAGUCUCCGUCGCACCCGAUCAGGUUCCAGCUGAACGGCGAUACGCCCACGAAGGGGCGCGUGACGCUGGCCACGCAGGAGACCGCGCUGGACCGCGACUUCGUGCUGAUGAUCCAGCAGAAGGACGCCCACCAGCCGGGCCUCUGGGUCGACAGCGAGCGGCAGGCCGUGAUGCUCUCGCUCUACCCCAAGUUCAUCGAGGUGGAGCAGAAGCGCGAGUUCAUCUUCCUUCUGGAUCGCUCUGGCAGCAUGGCGGGUUCGAGCAUGAACGACGCCAAGAACGCGCUGCAGCUCUUCCUGCGCAGUCUGCCCGAGGGCUGCAAAUUCAACAUUGUGGGAUUCGGCUCCAAGUACGAGUUCCUCUUCAGGCAAUCGAGGGCCUACGAUGACCGCAGCCUGCAGGAGGCCAGCGACGCGGUGCCUCGGAUGAACGCAAACAUGGGCGGCACGGAGCUACUUGCGCCCAUCACGGAGAUUCUCGAAGACCACUCCGACCCCUCCUACUCGCGCCAGAUCUUCGUGCUGACCGACGGCGAGGUGUCCAACACCGAGGCCGUGCUUCGCACCAUUCGUGAACGAACUGGCCGGAAGAUGUCGGACGAGGUCAUGAGCGCCGUUGAGAGAGGCGUGUGCACAUAUCAAGGAGCCCGGCACUUUGCGGACCAGUUCUGGUAUCACUGUAAGACCUGUUACAGCAGCGACCCGAUGUCUGGCUGCUGCGUGGUGUGCAAGGAGGUGUGCCACAAGGAUCACGACCUAGAGCCGCGCUACGGGCGCAAACCCAUCUCGUUGCCGCCCACGGUGCAAUUGCGCGUGUUCGCUCUGGGCAUCGGCGCUGCCGUAUCGCGCGAGCUCGUGCUCGGCAUGGCUGCAGCUGGCCGCGGAACUGCCGAGUUUGUGGUGCCGGGCGAGCGCCUCGAAUCCAAGGUGGUGCGCCAGCUCAGGCUGGCGAUGCAGCCUUCCGUCGAUGACGUGACCGUCGACUGGGGCGCCGGCUGGGGUCCCGUGCUCGCCCAGGCUCCGGAGACCCCGCCACCCCUGUUCGACGGCACCCGCCUGUGCCUCUUCGGUCUCGUCAAGCCCGACGCCGCCUUGCCGCAGGGUGCGGAGGAGCCCGUGCAGGUGUCCUACACCUCGCCGGCGACGAGGGAGAGGGAGACGCUGGAAUUCCCGCCGGCCGCAGCCGCGACGGCUUCGACGUCGGUCGUGCGCACGCUGGCGGCCAAGCACCGGAUCAGCGAGCUCGCCCAAAAGGAGGCCGACGCAUUCCGUACCGAGAAGGACAAGUUCAAGGCCGAGAUCGAAGCCCUCGGCGUCAAGGACGAACGCGACGAAGCCACACAGGGCACCAUGCAGAGGCGGGUGGUUCCCAGCUACAACGUUAGCGGAGCGCUGUUCGGGGCCGCGUUUGGAGGAGGCGGAAGAGGAGGCGGGCGUGGAGGGCGCGGAGGUAGUCGUGGCGGCAGUCGUGGCGGGAGGGGAGGAGGUCUAGGAAGUGGCGGUCGCGGUGGCUUCGGCGGAGCUGCUGCCUACGGUGGUUCAGGCUACGGGGGCCAGGGAUUCCGAUUCGACGAAGCCGACCGGACAGACCACCGCGACAGAGAACGAUCGCGCUCGCGCAGUCCAACGCGCGAGGUUGGCGUCAAGCGUAAGCGCGGGCGCGCGCGCCAGAGUGCCUCCAUUGACGAAGACGAAGGAGAGAACUUCGAUGAGAUGCAGAUCGACCGGGCGCUGGCGGGCGCCCAAGGCGAGAAGAACGGCCACGGCCAGCUGGCCCGGCUGGUGGUACUUCAACGCGCCAACGGAUCGUUCGAGCUCAACGACAAGCUGGCUCAACUCAUCGGCGUCUCCUUGAGCGAGCUGCACGCGAAGCUGCGCCGCAUCUGCUCGGGCGAAGCGAGCGAAGGCAAGCAGCAGCAGGUGUGGGCCACGGCGCUGGCGCUGGCCUUCCUGGAGAGCCGGCUGGGCGCCAUCGCCGACGACUGGGCUAUGAUGGCGGACAAGUCGCGCCGGUGGUUGCGUCGCGAGACCGCAGCUGACCGUGCGCUGGCCAAUGUCGACUGGCUCAACGAAGCCAAAAAGGCCCUCUAG